GGGCGGGCGGCGCCGGGGCGCGGGGCGGGUGAGGGCGGCGGCUGGCGGCGGGUCGCAGCGCCUGGUGCCGCCCGCGGGAGCCGCCGGGCCGGCGGGGAGCGGCGCGCAGGGCAUGCCAUCCGCCUCGCCCCGAUGUUUCACUGGGGCAAGUGGAAGAAGAGGAUGGGAGCGAGCGCCUCCUCCUCCAAGAGACCCGUCUUCGACGAGCGGGAGGACGUGAACUUUGACCACUUCCAGAUUCUCCGGGCGAUUGGGAAGGGAAGCUUUGGCAAGGUGUGUAUUGUGCAGAAGAGAGACACCGAGAAGAUGUAUGCCAUGAAGUACAUGAACAAACAGCAGUGCAUCGAAAGAGAUGAGGUUCGCAAUGUGUUCAGAGAGCUGGAAAUCCUGCAGGAGAUCGAGCACGUGUUCCUGGUGAAUCUCUGGUACUCCUUCCAGGACGAGGAGGACAUGUUCAUGGUGGUGGAUUUGCUUCUCGGUGGCGACCUGCGCUAUCAUCUGCAGCAAAACGUUCAGUUUACGGAAGAAACGGUCAAACUCUACAUCUGUGAGAUGGCACUGGCUCUCGACUACCUACGAAGCCAACAUAUUAUCCACAGGGAUGUGAAACCAGACAACAUCCUCCUCGAUGAGCAAGGUCAUGCACAUUUAACAGAUUUUAAUAUUGCAACAAUAAUUAGGGACGGUGAAAGAGCAACUGCAUUAGCUGGAACAAAGCCAUACAUGGCCCCGGAGAUUUUCCAUUCCUUCAUGAACGGCGGGACGGGCUACUCCUUCGAGGUUGAUUGGUGGUCGCUGGGAAUCAUGGCUUACGAGCUGCUGCGGGGCUGGAGACCGUACGACAUCCACUCCAACAACCCCGUGGAGUCUUUAAUUCAGCUCUUCAGUACCGUCAGCGUUCAGUACUCGUCUGUGUGGUCAAAAGAAAUGGUUGCUCUAUUGAGAAAGCUGCUGACGGUGAACCCCGAGCAUCGCUUUUCCUGCCUGGCCGACAUUCAGGCCUCGGCGUACUUGUCCGGCGUGGUCUGGAGCGAUGUCAGCGAGAAGCGGGUGGCACCGGGCUUCGUCCCCAAUAAGGGCCGCCUGCACUGCGACCCCACCUUCGAGCUGGAGGAGAUGAUUCUGGAGUCGAGGCCCCUGCACAAGAAGAAGAAGAGGCUUGCGAAGAACAAGUCGAGGGAUAACAGCAAAGACAGCUCGCAGUCUGAAAAUGACUAUCUCCAAGAAUGCCUUGAAGCUAUCCAGCAAGACUUUGUCAUCUUUAACAGAGAGAAGCUAAAGAAGAGCCAAGAGCCGACGAGUGAGUCCAUGUUCCCCGCCGAGACCACCGACGAAGCCGAGACGGAGGCCGAGUCUGAGACCUCCAACUUGAACAUGUGCAGCUCCGUCUGCUCCUCAGCGGGCAGCAGCUAGGCUGCAGCGCCGGGCGAGGGCCGCUGGCCCCCGCCGCGCCAAAAACCCGUUCUCAGGUUGCGCUGAGCACCACAGGCUGUCCUCCGAUGCCACCGGAGAGCACCGACAAUGUCUUGCCAAGCUGUAGCAAAACAGAUAGUUCUUACAGAACUGCAUUCCUGGAUUUAACGGAUCGCCAGUUCGGCACGCUGGCUGCCUGUCGUGGGUAAAGAUACUUGCUAUGCAACUUGUCGAAGGAGGUAGAUCAACUUCUUUACUUGUUCUUUUUUAAUGUCAGAUCGCUGAUCUGCACAUGUUUUUAAUACAGUAAGAUGACAAGGAAAGAAGUUACGUCCGUGGGUACAAGGGAAGACACCGAGUGGGUGUGGAGAGGGAGGGAGGCUGAAUAAAUAGGAGGUUUAAGUUUUACUUUGCCACUCCCUGUUCGUAAAGGCUGCCACAGGGACAUGCAAUCCUCGUGGACAUGGGGGCAGCCCCGGGCCCCCCCGGGCUGUGGCAGGCGGCACCAGCUCCUGGGAGCCUCCAGCUGUUGGGUCCUGCAGCACAAGGACAUCCCAGGCGCGUCCUUGUCCUCUCGUCACCUGUCACAAUUCCUUUCCCAACUCGGGCACAUAUACGUGUUUUGUGCACUCCAUGGAUUCUUCUGGGGCUGGGUAGCGAUUAAACAUGUAAUUGAAAUGCAGAAUGUAUUUAAAAUAUUUGCUUUCUUCACCCAGCUGCUGCGCGUGGCGAGGAGCUGUGGGAACGGACCGGAGGGCUCGGUGCUGUUUGUCGGGGUUCGGGGGACGCAGCCUGUCACAGGUUCAGGUGUUAUUGGAGGCCACGUGGGUGGCCUUGCAGUGCUGCUCGGUUAGGAGAGAGGGGAAUAGCUCAUUUCACCCUUCAAUUUACUUUAUUUCCAGUGUAAAGUAGAAGUACUGUAUAUAAUUUACCAAUACCUGUUUUAACUUCUUACUGAGACGGAAGAUCUCUUUAACUGUUCCCAGCUGUGGAUAUUGCCUUUCUUCUUGUUUCAGAAGCCUUCAUUAUAUUAAUUGCUUAACCUGCUGUAGAGUGGCUUUUGGUUACUAUUGCUAAAAAUGAGCCAUGGGUUCUGCUGCAGCGUACGGCUAUUGUGGUGCACGGGGUUUCCUUAGAACUGCCUUCACCUUCAAACUCUCGGCAUCUGUUUGCUGCCAGACUUUAGGAGAGUGCAGGGUUUGCAUCCUUCCUGGAUAUUCCUAAUGCAAACAUGGAUAGAAAACGUUUUUAACAGAUGCAGACUCUUUCAGGACAAGUUUUGCGGUUUUUGGUUUUGGUGAAUAAAAUAGAAAGGUGUAACUGGUACGAAACAAUUUUAUACGAAAAAUGACGAUGAUGCAUUUAUUUUCCACAGUUUUAUGUGGAAAUUAGUACGUGGCUAAAAUUGUGCAGAACCAAAUUUUCGUGGAAGUCUCCAAAAGAAGCGUUCAGGUGUGCGGGCACAACUGGUGCGGGGCAGCGGGUGGCCGAGGCUCCGAGCCCAGUUGCUCAGUUACUGCAGGACAGAGCGGGGUAUGCGCCCCGGCCGCGGCGGCGCUGGGUGACGGUGAGCACCCGGCCCUCGGCUGCGUCCCCCGGACCACGGACGCUGGCUGGGCACGGGCAGGGCCCACGCCUCGUUAGGGGCUGCGUUAAUGACGGGCUGAAGGGGAGCUGCAGCCACGCGGGGAGCGAGGUCUGAACUAAACGCUUCCCCCUGUGCCUUUCCCCGGCUGCGGGAGGGCACCUGCUCUCAUCCCCUGCCCCCGCCCCACCAAACUCCCAGUCUGAUCACUGGUACCCGGGUAACCUCAUUACCCUGAUCACCUAAUUGGCUUCUGAUCAGAGCACUCUGAUAGCCCUGCUGCCACGAGGGGCAAGAGACCCACCGCCUGGCCUGCCAGGACUCAGGUGGGGCAAGAGAAGCAGAAGAAGGGUCAAAACCAGGUAUUUAUUCAGGAAUUAAAAAUUAUGGAUGAGUUACUCCACCGGUACGGAUAGGUUUUUUUCAGUAAACUCCAUCUCACUGUUUAUCAUCUUUCUGUAAAUAAUGGCAAAAGUUUGGACUGUCAGAAGGUCAAGGAGCGUAACUUAUUUUUGGACCAAAACAUCCCAUAUAUGAGAUGCAGAGAGAUCCUAUUCACCCAGAAGCUCUCGGGCCAGGAGAGACGUUGGCACUUUGGUAGGACGUGUCUCAUCAGACGUUUUCAUCGCUUUCCUUAGGACAAGUGACAAACGGCCCUUGAGGUCGAGGUUGGCGUGUGUAGGGAGGAGCUGGCUCACUUCUGAAAUGUUUGUUUCUUACCCCAAACCCUGCCUGUGUGGGUCAUUUCUGUUCUUCCCGGGUAAAUUGUGCAAAAUACACUCAGCAGCACUCGGCAGAGACCGGGGACGCCUCUGGGGAGACGCCAGGUAGCUGCUCCUUCCCAGGCGAAGUAACUCGGGGCAGACUCUGGCUGCCCGGGAAGCACCACUGAAACCCAGCCCCGUGUUCCCAGGGAUGCGCUGGGGAAUCUCUGCUUCCUGCCUCAAUCUGUUGCUAAACCCUAAUCACUGAGAGAAGCGACAGGGCACAGACCUCGGGGCUGGUUGCGCUGAGUGGCAGAGACCCCGCGAGUCCAGCUGGAGUACUCGCUGUCAGUCUGUAGCAGCGCCUGGCUGUGACUUCACCGGCGCCCGCUGGGGACCAGGUUUUAGUGAUGCUUAUGCCUAGUCCCUGGAGAAGGAAUGACAAGAAAAGAGCAACUAGGAAAUGAAAAAAUGAUUAGAAAUGGAUACGUGUUUGCUUCGCUGUCGAAAUGCCCGUGAUGGGUUUCAGUACACGGGGCCGCUCAGUCCGCGCUGCGCCGCUGCUCGCUGGGGCCCUUUUGUGUCCCGUCCCCAUUCUGGUGCGAAGGGUUGUUCCCUGCGGAAGGGCUGGCUCCUGGGAAAAACACGUGGCGCUGAAAUGCUGCGAACCGCUCCUCUCCCGUGAGUCCCUCCGUGGCGUUGGAGCCCAGCGCAGCCCCGGGGGUGAGCAAAACUCGCAGUGAAGUCGUGAAAUACUCCUGGUACCAAACCCCCUGGCGCAGAGCCGACAGCUCUCGUUUACAUCUCCACUGCAACCAGAAUACAAUAAUUUUCUGUAGAUAAAUAUUUAAAUACAUGUAUUUUUUGUAUGACAGAUUUAUACAGGGCGUGUCAUUAUUCGCUGUGAAAAGUCUACAUCACCUAUAAAUUAUUCUCCUUAAAUUCCUUGCCAUAAGAUUGUUUUCUCUGUUGUAUUAUGAAGUUGUGCAAAGUUGCAUAUUUUUAAGUGUUUCCAUUGAAUUCCACAGACUUCACUGGGAAUUUUGCAUAGAAAACAAAUGCCAGAUCAGGUCCUGAUGUUUCUUCUGUUGCCAAUUCUUUAUUACUGUACGCCUUGCCAAAAAGAGAGUAAGAGUAAUAAAAUAAUAGCAAAAAGGCCAAUAAUAUGACCGUUGACAUUGGACAGUGCUGAAAUCCUGAUGCCUUGGUAGGCUAUUUUUUAAAACUAUUCCAGUGGAAAUAUAUGUAAAGUAUAUCUUUGUAUUUUAUGUUAAUACAUUUCUGUAAUUUUAUUGCAUGAAAAUUCUACCAUGUCACAGAAUAUUUAAGUUAUGACAAGUUUGUGUUUUUGCAAAUACUGCGAGAAGCCAUUGCAUUUGUGGAGUAAUAAAUGUGUAUUUUUAACAUUGCCAAGUAUUUGUUGUCAUUU